UGCUGCGGCGAUAUUUAUUAUCGCUUGUGUAAAAUAUGUAAAAGCAUUUUUAUAAGCUACAUUAAUUCGAGCCUAUCGCUUUAAAAAAUGACGUAUUAAACCCAAACCAAGUCUUUCUUCCGCCAUAAUAGAUUGUGACAGCUGAAGAGGUACUGCCGUGAAGUUGUAUCUAAUUGUACUUUAUAUUUUAAAGGUGAGCACCACUUCUUGCAAUUAAAAUAUUAUUUGGAUUUGAUUUGCAUAUCGGAUUCAGCUGUCAUUUUGAGCAAUUAUUUUGCAAUAUGUACUCAAGUAAGAAAGAACGAGGAACGAAGCCUUUGCGGUUCAGGCCUGCAUUCCCCAAGUUUUCUGGUGAAGACAGCUGCCGACGAGUUACUGAAACGUCCUGAGUUUCUGCUUCAUCAAAGGUGUAAUUCAGCCAUGUAAUUUAUGGCUGAACCGGGACACAAAAACGAGCUGCCGGCACUGCUUGUUCUCAUGCAAUCCUCAAUGGGGCUACAUUGUUUAUAGCAGGGAUUUGAUUCUCUAGUUUUAUAGAGGACGGUACCAUAAAGAUCACCUUUCAUCUAGUUAAUAUCAUUUGACCUUGAACUAGGUAACCUAAAUUAUAAAUGGAACGGGAGCAGCACAUUGCAUUUGUAUAGUGCGUUAGGGCAAAUGACAGAAUUAAACGUGGCUCAUUAGGCUGCUGAUAAGUCAACAGACUUACCUGAACAUUAGUGGAUUUUCGAAACUUUGGACAUUUCGUCACACUUAUAUGGGUCUGUCACCUUUAGUCUAAUUACCUCUGGUAUAAUCGCUACCUGCGUAUCGAUUGAUAAACUGUGUUCGGUUAUAAAUUCUCAGCAUAACUGGAUUUUAAUACUGUUGUCUCUCUUCAAGUUGAAUUUAAAGGCGACAUUCGGGCAAAUUAGCUUAGAUAAUUCUGAAUAGACGCUAGUUAUUCAGUGGCAUAGCAACACUAAUUGAUGGGUUUUUAAUUUGUCGAUCAUAGUCAAUCAUUGAUUGAUACGACUGAUAUUGACCUGCAUUGGUUUCUGCUGUUGGAAAGAUUAAGUUUUUUCAUUUGGAAUAUAAGAGUUUGAUUUUGGUAGGUCUGCUGUAGAUGUCAGCCUAGAUCAGCAACUUUUUCACAAUUUUUAUUUCUUAUUUUUGUGAUUACAAUGAUUAAGGUGAUGUACGUUUUUGUAAAUUCAGCCUUAAUCAUACAGCUUUAAUCUUUGUCAACAUAUAUAUAUAAUAACUAAAACGUACUUAAUUUUUUCCGUUUAUUUGUACGGUGCCCUGUCCUGGACUGGCAUCCCAUCCAGGGUGUACCCAGGCUGUCUGAGAUUCGCUUCAGGCCCCCCCGCAACCCCAAGAUAAGUGCUUGAAAGAUGGAUGGAUGAAUGGAUGGGUGCAUUUGAAUAGUGACACAUUUCCACAGCUACAUUAAGAACUUAUACUUAAAAUCAAAUUUAAAUAUAAAAAAUAACAACUAUUUCAAGAUGUUUAGGUAUCCAUUGUUGCAGACUCCGUCGUUCUGCCAUAAGUCACAAAGGUCGCUGCUGCUCUUCAGUGGAAUCCUGUCUGAACUCCUGCUUCUGAAGCAGGGCUGGAUAAGAACAGGGAAGUUUUCCAGUUUGGGAUGCUCCUUUUCCUCCAGUCCACUCCACAUCAGAGAAAAGAGAAAAAAAGUGACAGUAUUACCCAAGCACCAGCAAGGACUCUCUGUGCCAUGUAGACAAGGUCUCUGCUGGUUUUCCUUUCAUAGCCUAAAUCAUUUCACAUUCAGGACAGGUGUUGAUGUAGUUUUUGAGAAACUUUACCAAAAGGUACCAUUUCAAAGACCGAAUCGAAAAGAUUCCUUCUUAGGCAGACAGUUUGGCGCCAGAGGACAGCUUAGCACAAGAAUUGUAAGCUUACUUCCUUCCCUGCAUUCUUGGACACAACCUCUCUUUGAACGUCUUACUGGGAAAGAUACCAAAAAAUGCAGGCAGUCGAGUCUUAAUGAAAGCCGGUUCUGUAAAUGCCAGGGGGAAGACGGCCAGAACCCAACCACAAAUGUGGAAACUGCAUAUAGUGUUACCUAUGGUAAUGAAAAUGGGCAACUGGGUUUGUUUAACAAGAACACUUGUUCAAGCUGGACUCUUUCCCCAUCGAAGGUCAGGCCUCACAGUGAUGGUCAGAUUCCCUUCAGUGGCUUGUGGGCCCAUAGCCGCUGCCUACACCACAGUGCUGCUGUUCCAAUCAGGACCAAUCCCAGGCAGGCAAGCCUUAGAGAAUGCCUGUCUGUAAAGAACGAAGCACGGUGUCGCCGUGCACUAGAGCCCAAUGGGGCCUUGUAUGAGAAGGACAGUCCUGGGAACUGGGCAGCAGUGCUGGUCUCCCUGUGCCUGGUGGAAGGCGAACCAGCCUUCCUGUUCACCCUCAGGUCCAGCACUCUCAAGGGGAGGCACAAGGGGGAUGUCAGCUUUGCAGGGGGGAAGCGGGAUCCUUCGGACGGAGAUGUGGUCGACACGGCGCUGCGGGAGGCUCGUGAAGAGAUGGGCAUCACUGUUGCAGCGGGCAGCGUAUGGGGCGUGUUGAAGCCACUUAGGGACUGGUCAGGAAUGAUUAUUGCCCCUGUAAUAGCAAAUCUAGGCCCCCUGGAGGCAUUAAACUUCCGUCCAAAUCCUGCUGAGGUGGAUGAGAUCUUCACCAUCUCACUUUCUCACCUGUGCAGCCAGGAGAAUCGUGGCUACACGCACUUCCGGAAGGGCGAGCACUACGGCUACACCCUUCCCGUGUUCCGCAACGGAAAGCACCGGGUCUGGGGGCUCACGGCCACGGCUCUGGACCACACGCUCAAAGUGGUCAUGCCCCCAUAAUGCCCAGAGACAAGAAAUAGCAUCAAGGCUAAUAUAAAAUCUUAAUUUGAUUUGAUCCAUGUGUGAAAUGGGACAAUUCAUUUAUGUAAUUGGACUUUCUUUGUUUAGACCUGUAUGGUCUCUAUCAUAUUUGGGGCCUCCCAGUGUUUUUGCCAGCUGACACUGAUCUGACACUGAUCUGUUGAUGUUCUCUUUGCACUAUACCUCUCUAGAAUAGACAUUUCAUGCCACUCGUGCAAUUGUUGAGCGGUGUCACUGACCAAUAAAACGGUAAAGUAUUUUGAAA